AUGCAUGGCGAAACGACUGGCAUGCAACACAAGCUUGUGCUCUCCACAAGAGACGGCACCGGGGUGAGGCCGGUCCGCUAUAUCUCAAUGGAGCCCCAGCAGGGUGAGGUCACUCCAAGCUUUACAUGGCACAGGCGUGAGGCCAGCCCGUUCCAUGUCGUGCGCGUCGGGGGAAGGAGGGGGGAAGGGGGGGGGAGGGGGGGGGCACCGCACUACUACAGGGGGGCACAGAGCAACGCUCGCCUCUCCCCACAACAUCCCUCUUCUCACCACAACAUCCCUCUUCUCGCCACAACAUCCCUCUUCUCACCACAACAUCCCUCUUCUCGCCACAACAUCCCUCUUCUCACCACAACAUCCCUCUUCUCACCACAACAUCCCUCUUCUCACCACAACAUCCCUCAUCUCACCACAACAUCCCUCUUCUUGCCACAACAUCCCUCUUCUCCCCACAACAUCCCUCUUCUCGCCACAACAUCCCUCUUCUCACCACAACAUCCCUCUUCUCGCCACAACAUCCCUCUUCUCACCACAACAUCCCUCUUCUCGCCACAACAUCCCUCUUCUCGCCACAACAGUUGGCAUGGGCGUGAGGCCAGCCCGUCCCAUCUCGUGCAUGUCGGAGGAAGGAACCGGGGUGAGUGGGGGGUGGAAGUGGGGGGGCUACAGCAGGCCACAGCACAGCAGGGCACAGCACAGCAGGGCACAGCACAGCAGGGCACAGCACAGCAGGCCACAGCACAGCAGGGCACAGCACAGCAGGGCACAGCACAGCAGGGCACAGCACAGCAGGGCACAGCACAGCAGGGCACAGCACAGCAGGGCACAGCACAGCAGGGCACAGCACAGCAGGGCACAGCACAGCAGGGCACAGCACAGCAGGGCACAGCACAGCAGGGCACAGCACAGCAGGGCACAGCACAGCAGGGCACAGCACAGCAGGGCACAGCACAGCAGGGCACAGCACAGUGCAUCAACCGCACACCCCUUUCUCUCACCAUGACAGACGGCACAGGCGUGAGGCCAGCCCGUCCCAUCUCGUGCACGUCGGGGGGGGGGGGGAGGGAGGGGGGCAGAGAGCACCGCACUACAGGGGGGCACAGAGCACCGCACUACAGGGGGGCAGAGAGCAGCGCACUACAGGGGGGCAGAGAGCAGCGCACUACAGGGGUGCACAGAGCACCGCACUACAGGGGGGCACAGAGCACCGCACUACAGGGGGGCAGAGAGCAGCGCACUACAGGGGGGCACAGAGCACCGCACUACAGGGGGGCACAGGGGGGGCCCUCUCUCACCAUGACAGAGGGCACAGGCGUGAGGCCAGCCCGUUCCAUCUCGUCCACUUCAGGUGGAAAAGGCCCGCACGUGUGA